AUGGAAAAUUCAGCGCCAAUUGUUAUAGAAAGGGCUUGUGGUGUUACGGAUGCAUUAUUAGGCAUGAGCGGUGCUUCCCUUAAUAAUAUAGAGGCUAUAAACAAUGAAAGUACCAGAGAAACUGAAAAUAAUGAAUAUAUAAACGAACUACAACAAAAUACUAUAGUUAUUGAAGAGGAUGUGAAUAGAGAAGCUAUAAGUCAAAGUAUAAUUAAAUAUCUUCUGCUGGUGUAUGAAGGGAAAUGUGGUUUAUAUUGUUUAUUUAGCUCAUUUGCACUUGUUUUCUUUUCUAAGACAAUUAUAGAUAUUAUAUUCAAUCUAUAUUCAAUGAAUGACCAUUCAGACCAAACUGAACAUCAAUCCAUUCUGCUAAAUCUUGAUAGAUCCAUUAAAAUUAAGAUGUCUCUAGUAGCAUAUAUAAUAUACUUUGUAAUUAAUCUAGUAUACGCCACAUUUAGAUUUAUUUCUUGUAUUAGCCCUAUUUCUAAUAUAACAGCAUAUGGUUUAAUUGUCAAUACCCGCAUGCACAGUCUAUAUUACCCUUUGGUAUGCAUUAUAGUCGUAUCAUUAAUUAUAAUGAGUCGCUUUACUAUAUCCAGUACAGGGGAAAAUGGAGGGUUUAUAUAUGGUAUUAAGACGUAUAUUGGAUCGCAAAUCGCGUUUCUUAUAUCUGAAAUUAUAUUCAUCUGUUUUAAACCAUUUAAAUAUCACUUAUAUAGACCAACUACAAAAAAAGUGAAAAGUAUAAUACUUAGUGUCUAUUAUAUAAAUCACAUAAUGCUGCUUUUAUCACUCCUAACACUUAUAUCCUACUCAACUGAGUUAGUUCCAUUGGCAGUUGUAAAUCGUGCAUACUGGAUUAAAAAAGCACCAAAUAGUAUAACCAUAGACAUUUAA